AUGCGACGACAUGGCAGGGCCAGUGGAGGUUCCACCAAGGCCGUCACACCCGUCUCCGACACCGUCUCGCUGAUCCAUUCGUUUGAUUCCGUGACGAAUCCGAAUCGCCCCGUACGUCCCUCGCCGCUAGCAUCCUCGAAUAUCCAGGCAUUGCCGCUGGACCUGGUCGACCGACUGCGCUCCUUCCCGCUCUUCCAGUCUACCCCGGAAUCUUUCUUGUUCGCUGUCGGCCAACACCUUCGCCCGCAGCUCCAUGCCGCCAACGAUUAUAUAUUGACCGAGGGCGAUGAUGCCAAAGCGAUAUACUGGCUGGUGCGAGGUGCGGUGUCGGUGACCUCCCGCGAUGGCGAGAGUAUAUAUGCAGAGCUUGAAUCGGGCGCCUUUUUCGGCGAGAUUGGCGUCCUGAUGGAUCGUCCGCGGACGGCCACCAUAGUUGCCCGCACGCGAUGCCUAUUGGUGGUGCUGACAAAGGAAGACUUCAGGAAUAUUCUCCCUCGCUUCCCUACGGUUGAGCAGGCCAUCCGCGAAGAAGCUCAGGAACGGUUGAUGAUCCUUGAAAAGAAGAAGAAAGAGACGUCCGCGCCCGCGGCAGACAUUGACGAACCGGCUCGCCGGGGGUCAAAGCGACUGAGAGACACCUUCAUUAGAGACAUGUCACUUACAGAGCGUGAUGGCUCGACUCUGAAGUCGGUGAACAAGAAACGCAAGUCUCCAAGCCCCGGAUUGGCCGACGGGUCGUCGAGUGCAUUAGCAAAUGGACUAGUCAGUGUCCGGCUUCUGCUCAAGGAGUUACCCCUGUUCUCCGGUCUCCCGCCGGACAUCCUGCACUUCUUGGGCCUGAAUGUGCAGCCGCGAUCAUAUCCUCCCUUCACCGAUAUAAUUAAGCAGGAUUCCCAGGGCCGAGAAAUCUAUUUCAUUGUUCGCGGUGAGGUGGAAGUCCUGUCUGAAUGCGCCAAGCCUCAAAAUUCCCACUCCCUGCCCAGCACCAUCGAGCAGCCCGGGUUCGAAGUCAAGGCCCGGUUGAAACAGGGUCAAUAUUUUGGGGAGGUGGUGAGCCUUUCACUAGCCCCUCGUCGAACGGCAACGGUGCGCUCGAUCAAUGCGGUCGAGUGCUUGAUGAUUAGCGGCGACGUCUUGACGGAAUUGUGGGAGAAAUGUCCCCAGGAUGUUCGACAGCAAGUGGAGCAGACCGCCAAAGAAAGACUCGAUUCAGCGGCCGAUGGCGAUAUUGUAAUGUCCGAAGCCGGGGAUGUCGCAAAGCCUAUGGGCGACGGGUAUCCGCAAGUCGGCGGUCCGCGUCGACAGUCGAUGCCGCCAAUGCUUACGCUGACGGAGACGGAACUGGAUGCCCCCCUGAAGCCGAAUGGCAUUGACGAGCAGGCCGUCUUGCGACCAUCUGAUCCCGACCCUUUUCUUAAUGUUGGCCUGGACAAAGUCCGACUUCGCAGUCGACGAGGUUCCGUUGCCCCGCUGACACCUGAGGAGGUCUCUGGGGAACAGCAACGACCAUCGCCUCCAUCGGAGCCGCGGUCUGCGAGUUCAUCUUUUCUCACACUCCCGGAGGCAGCCAUAUCAACACCCAAGACUCAACGGGAACCCCAGAAAGACAAUCGCGGAAUUCUUCCUGACAACAUUCUCCUGACUAUAUUCCACAACCUAGAGCUCCACCAUCUCCUUCGCAUUCGUGCUGUAUCCCUCCACUGGUCAGAGAUCUUGAGCAAGUCAACUGAGCUGCUUCACCAUUUGGACCUGAACAUAUAUAAUCGAUGCGUGACUGACGACGUUCUUGUCAAAAUAAUUUGUCCAUUUGUCGGAAGCAGACCUCGUUAUGUCAACAUUAGCAACUGCUUUCAUAUAACCGAUGAAGGAUUCAAUAAGUUGGUUAAUACAUGCGGCUCCAAUGUUGUUGCAUGGAAGAUGAAGAGUGUGUGGGACGUGACAGCGUCGUCCAUCCUUGAAAUGGCUAGCAAGGCGAACGGGCUACAGGAAGUUGAUUUAAGCAACUGUCGCAAAGUAGGAGACACCUUGCUAGCUCGAAUCUUGGGAUGGUUCGUGCCUGGUCAGCACAAAGUCAGCGAAGAUUCGGGGAAAACAGGAAAGGCCAUCCUGAAGCCUACUAUGCUCACGGCUGCGGGCACUGUAUACGGCUGUCCCAAGUUGAAAAAGUUGACAUUAUCAUACUGCAAACAUGUCACCGAUCGAUCGAUGCAUCAUAUCGCGUCUCAUGCUGCUUCGCGCAUUGAAGAGAUGGACCUGACGCGCUGUACAACGAUCACGGACCAGGGGUUUCAAUUCUGGGGGAACACGCAAUUUACCAAUCUGCGAAGACUUUGUCUGGCGGACUGCACAUAUUUGACCGAUCAAGCUAUUGUUUACUUGACCAAUUCCGCUAAACAGCUGCAGGAAUUGGACCUGUCUUUUUGUUGUGCGUUGUCUGAUACCGCAACCGAGGUUUUGGCGCUUCAGUGCUCUCAAUUGACCUAUUUGAACAUGUCUUUCUGCGGUUCCGCAAUCUCCGAUCCGUCAUUGCGCAGUAUUGGUCUCCAUCUUCUUCAUCUGAAACGAUUGUCCGUGCGUGGCUGCGUUCGAGUUACCGGCGCCGGCGUUGAGGCUGUUGCCGACGGCUGUAACCAGCUGGAAUCCUUCGAUGUCAGCCAGUGCAAAAACCUCUUACCUUGGCUUGAGGAUGAAGGGCCUUCCAGAUAUGAAGGCAACAUCAAUUUCGAAACGGUUGCACAGAAUGGGAGAGUGUUUCGGUGA